AUGGCCGGUCCUGGUGGUGGUCCUCCCCGCCGCAGUCACACCAAGUCCCGCAAGGGCUGUGAGACUUGCAAACGCCGCCACAUCAGAUGCGAUGAGAACUUUCCCCAAUGCCGCAACUGCACCAAGCACAAGAUUCGCUGCCCCUACAACGACAUGCCAAUGCCCGAGGACAGGUCAACAACGCCCGACAAGCCCGACCUCAUGUGGACUCCUGAGGUCGAAGCAGAGAUCUCGCAGUGGCAACAGACGGGAAUGUUCCCGUUCCCCAACCUCGGCAUCUACCCGGCACCGAACCCUCAGUACUUGUCUGUAGAGGAUCUCAGAUUGAUCUAUCACGUAGCAUCCAUCUGCAACGAGUUGGCUACUUUUGAUGCCAACGGCUUCACCCUCUGGACACGCCAGAUCCCCACUAUCAUCAAGAUCGGAGCGACGAACCCGUAUGUCAUGCAUGCGCUUUUGGCUUUCUCGGCCACGCACAUUGCCUUCCUAACCGACUGCCCCCUGGUGGGCAACAUGGCGUACGAGCACCGCGGCGUUGCCCUCAAGGGUCUGCAGGAGGCUAUUGGCAUGUUCGACCGCGAGACGUCGGAUGCCGUCUUGGCAGCCUCUCUUGUCCUGUCGUGGCAAGCCACAGAUUGGCGAAGCUGGACCCAGCUCAUGCAAGGAACCUCGUCGGUCAUCGAGGCCAUGGACUCCUGGAAGCACGAGUCUCAAUUUGGCGACUUCAUCGCCGAGAGCUGCACAUUCCCAACCGCUCCUGCCUCUCCCAGUCCGGAUCACAAGCCGAGCCAGCCACGCAAGGAGGAUAUUGACGCCUUUAACCGCACCCUGAGCCAGCUCCAAAAGGUCGAGGCCCAUCUCAAGCACAACAAGGAGGACACCAAGUCAAUCCAGCAGUUGAUCAGCUUCCUCAAGGGCGCCCGCAAGGUCAGCCCCACGCUGUCCGUCUCCCAGCAGUUUGAGCGCCUUCGUCCCCUGCGGACGUGGCUCUUCUGGCUGCCAGUCAUGUACCUCAAGCAGACGGGCGGCUCGCCCAGCGCACUCACCAUCAUUGCCUACUACUACACGGUGGCCCUGAUCAUGGAGCGUCUGUUCACUGAGAUUGGUGCCGCCUACUUUGGCAGUCUGUCCAUUGGCCCCGUAGAGGAAAUCGCCCGCCGCCUCCUGUCUAUCAAUAUCUCGGCCAACCACGACGGCGACCUGCAGACCCCCCUGACGCUCAUGGAGUUCCCCAUCGACACGGUCAACGAGUUCCGCUCGAGGAUGGGUUGGAUCCAGCCCGCGAGAACGCCCUCGUUCCCGCAAUUCAACCCUCCCAACUUCUACAUGAACGAGCCAGUUCCCCUGCCUCCCGUCAGCGACUCGUAUCUGCCGUAUGGUCACAACCCUGCCUUCAGCUACAGUGCCGAGUCCCUGCAGAUGCUCAAUGCCGAGUCGGCGCCGCCCAGCAACGUCUCCCCCUUGGUGCUGUCGUCCCCGUACGUCAACUCGCAGUACCUCAACAUCCCCAGCCCCAACUACGGCGGCUACAGCCCGGCAUCUUCGACAUUUGAGGGCUCCGUUGCCUAUAGUGACAACGAGGAGUACGGCUCGUACGAGAGCUAUGACAUGAGCGGCGUGCCUACCCCCAUCGUCGGCGGUUCCCACAACUUUGGCGUCGGGUUCGUCUCUCCCACCACCACCCAGCAGCCCCUGAUGCCCACCACCCCUACCUACCCGCCACCGGAGGAUUCCAACGUCCUAGCAUCAUCUUCGCUCAACACGUUGCCCCCAUCCCCGUUCCUCCAUCCCGAACUCUUCGGCAUGCUACCCCUCCCCGAGUCACCAGUUCCUCGCGGCAUGCCUCUCCCACGUCACCGGCACACACCAUCCUCCUCCGUCUCCGUCACGGGCGACUCUCCCAUGUCGGUCAGCGCACCCUUCCCACCUCGCAACCAACAGCGAGUGCCAUCGACACCGACCUUCCAGUUCAACAGCGAGAAGGGCAAGGAGCGCGAGACAUGA